AUGGAACUUCGCAAUCAAGGCCGCACCGUCGUCUUCUACAAGCGGGCAACCCAGACGAACUUGCCACGGGAGGUCAUGGGCUUCCGGGCCUACCCAUUCGUGGCUUGCGGGAACCCCGAGAGAGAUCCGAGGAGGUUCGGGAGUGAGGUGUCCCAUGUGGGGUUGGGGGAGGGUCGAAAAUGGUCAGUGAGAUCGAAAAUUGGGAAUGGGGGACAUGGAUACGAUGAGGUGUACGACGCCAUGGCAGUCUGCAACGGGCAAUGUGUAGAGCCCUGGGUUGCAGAUAUACCUGGUAACGAAAUAGAACAAUGCGAGUGUGUUGCACGUGAGACAAGCAUCUCACGACGGUUGAGCUCAACUUGGGGGACCUGGGCUUCGAGGCUGCCAUGGGCCUUGGGGUCGGUGGGGGCAAAUGACACGAUCUUCAUGCAUGGAUUGCCCGGGCUGAACUAUCUGGUGGGCGAGGUCAAUGGGGUGGGCCGCUCGAGGGGGCUAAGGGUCCCGGGACGCAGUAGUCGGUGA